AUGUCUCUCUGGAAUAGUUUCCAUAACAUUUGGACUCCAAGUGGAAGACAAUUUAAUUUUUAACCAUUUGAAUAAUCUGUGUCUUGUUAAAGAGAAACAAGCCAAAAUAUUUAAUAAAACUCAGACCAAAUAUCUCAAAUAAGGCGAAGCAUCGAGAAUAAAUAAAAAAUCUUAGAAGAAACAUAUCUACCGAAGAAAGUUAGAAUUUUCAGUGCUCGUGUUUAAAUCAAAGAAGCCCCUCAAAUUAAGAGUCUGGCCAAUCUGAAAUAUAAAUAAACUGAAUCUCGCAGUCACACAUCAAGGACUCAAUCAGCAACACCCAUCAUGAGAAAGUCUAAAAAACAUCAAAAACCUGUUGAAAUAAAAGAUACAAUAGGUUUAUAAAUCGAGAAAUGCUUCUUGAGCAUUCGCUACCCAUAAGAGAAAACUAAGCUCAAUUAUAAGAUUGUACCUCGUUGUAGAAGACAAAAAUCAAAUAUUGAAUAACCCAGUUACAAUUAGAACAAAGUUGAGUGCAAACCAUCCAUCACUAUAGCUAAAUGGGAUUAAAGUGAAAGAUCAGUUGAAAUAUUUUGA